GUGAAGACGUCGGAGCUGUUUGAGAGAUGGAGGAACCUGCAGGUGUGCAAGUGGCAGCAAAACAUGGUGGAGACCAACAACUUCAAGUGAGCUUCUAAUUGACCUUAAACGCAUCAUAGAGAUGGUGUUUCAGGUCACCUUUCUUGCAGUCACACUGUACAUCUCAAAAAGAAUGCUAUAUCAUAUUAUUGUGGUUCACGAGACCUUAAACACUUCUUGAGGCAUUGUGAUAUCUGAUCAUCUGCAGAGCGUGAACGCAAAACAGAAGACUUGGAAUGCCACCAGAGUCUAUUAGCAUGAGCCUCUUCAGAGGGGAUAUUAGUGCUCUUCUACCGUACAUCACACACAUUAGCCUCCCUCUCCUCUGUGGCCCCAUCCAUGUCUAUCUAGUGUGACUCUGCCCCUAUAGUACCAAUCACAUUGCUUAGAUGUCUCUCUGUACAUCAGGGCAUCUUUAUUGUGUGACUAACCAGACUCAUAGAGACACUUUCUACUGCAGGGUGCACAGUUCUAGUCCUCAAGGACCAGGGCUGCAAUGUUGCUAGUUUUUUGCAGCAUCCUUGUUCUACUACAGUUUUUUGGGUCUGACAGUAACUCCUCCCUUCUACUGUUCUCUCCAAUAGGAUGUCUCUGUCGCGGUGUUGUAAUGCGCCCUCCUUCCUGUUCACAACCAAGAGGAACACCCCAGCAGGCACCAAGCUGAGGUAUGAGGUGGACACCAGUGGCAUCCUGCCCAUCAGUACUGAGGUCUUCAAGAUGUUUCCUGACGUGAGUGUUCCAAUUAUAACAAUAUACAGUAUAUCAUCCUGUAUGACUACCUGUCAUCCAUGCAUCCUAUGCUAUGUACCCUACCUCCCACCCUAAGGUGAUGGAACUCCACCUUCUCUGGUUAUAAACUGUACCCCAUAUUUCUGUUUGACAUUGGUUCUGUUUCAUUGAAAGGACAUGCCUUACUCCAAGUCCCAGUUUAAGAAAUGUGCAGUUGUUGGAAACGGAGGAAUCAUCAAGAACAGCAAAUGUGGGAAGGAAAUUGACUCCGCAGAUUUCGUGUUUAGGUACACAGCAUCUUUAUUCUGUACUGCUAAAAAUAUUUCCAAGCGUCACGCUUGGGUUGAUUUCUUUUUGACUGCAGAUAUCAAAUGGCAAGAUACAGUAUUUAAUUACUUUCGCUCAGCUCAGGCCUUCUCAGAAUCUGCAUUGAAUAAUGUAAAUAAUUAUCCUUCCUUCAAAGAUGCAACAUACCACCCAUCAAUGAGAAGUAUUCAGCUGAUGUAGGCGCCAAAACGGAUCUGGUGACGAUUAAUCCAAGUAUUAUAACGGAGAGGUACUGUAAGGCUAUGUCAACAAAAAAGGGUAUUCUCACUGGGCACACACUGGUUGAAUCAACUUUGUUUCCACAUAAUUUCAAUGAAAUUACAUUGAACCAAUGUGGAAUAGACGUUGAAUUGACGUCUGUGCCCAGGCACACACACACACAUACACAUACACACACACACACACCAUCUAGACCUGAAAUGCAUUAACGGCAGCAGUUACAAUGGGUGUGCAUUGUACUUAGUAAAAAAACAGAGCUGCAGCACUCACGUCUGCUACUUGUAGCUCAGUUGGUAGAGCAUGGCGUUUGCAACGCCAGGGUUGUGGGUUUGAUUCCCACGGGGGGCCAGUGUGAAAAAAAAAAAUAAUAAUGUAUGCACUCACUAACUGUAAGUCGCUCUGGAUAAGAGCGUCUGCUAAAUGACGUAAAUGUAAAUGUACUUGCAAACACACACACACAACACACACACACACACCUCCUCCCUCCUUAUACACACUCUGAUCCCUUACCUCUCCUCUCCUCUCCUCCACCACCAGAUUCCAGAAGCUAGAGAAGUGGCGGCGGCCAUUUUACGAGGUUCUUCAGAACUACGAGAACUCAUCAGUGGUCCUACCCGCCUUCUACAACACGCGUAACACAGACGUCUCCUUCCGAGUCAAGUACAUGCUGGACGACUUUGACGCCCAGAGGGGCGUGUUCUUCUUCCACCCCCAGUACCUGCUCAACGUCCAGCGCUUCUGGACUGUCCAGGGUGUCCGCGCCAAACGCCUCAGCAGCGGCCUGAUGCUAGUCACUGCCGCCAUGGAACUGUGCGAGGAGGUCCACCUCUAUGGCUUCUGGGCGUUUCCCAUGAACCCCUCUGGCAUUUUCAUCACGCACCAUUACUAUGACAACGUCAAGCCCCGCCCCGGGUUCCACGCCAUGCCCCACGAGAUCUUUAACUUCCUGCACAUGCACACGCGAGGCAUCCUCCAUGUACACUCAGGACCUUGCACAUGAUCAUGCACCGGAGCCACGCCCACGGCGUAAUGCAUCAUGGGAAGUCACCAUUUACUCCUGUUUUUGUCUCGGUUGUUAAUUGAUCAUCAUUUUGCAUAUCUUCAUUUAGAUACAAUGGUGUUUUCUUACAGUUGAUGAGAGAUGGCCUUUUGAGCUCACACCGUAUAUUUCUGCUCUUUACACUAGCUCCAUGUGUUGAAGGUUGCUUGCUUUAAUGCCAACACUAUAAUUUAUCUUGGUGUGUUUCAUACUCUCUUGCUGAAUAAGCAACUCCAAUGGCCGCCGGUUUCUCUGAUUCUGUUAAUGUAGGUUGCUUGUUUUAAUGUGAUGUGAUCUUUCCUAGUGAUGUCGUUUCUGUGAAAUCUUAGUGGCUCGGUGGUACUGUUGUACAGAGGUUUGAACUUAACAUGUUGCACAACUAUUUACACUGUGCUCUCUUUCUCAGACGCUCUGUGGGUGAGGCAGCUUUUAUUUAUGUCUGUGUAAAAAUCCUGAACACUAUAGAUGUUGAGCGAAUCCAAAAUAAAUCUUCAAAGAUCCAACUGUUUAACCUUCAGUUGUCCAGCUACAUUAAACUGUUUUAUAUGGGUAAAUAUUUAUUAUAAAACACUUCCUGACCUGAGAGGACCUUUUUCAUAGGUCCACUUUCUUCUGUAUAACUAACUAGCCAAACACUGGAAGAUAUCCUUGGAUAUUUCUGAUGUGAAAUGAUGAUGUUUUAUUUGCUUGCUCUUUUUGGACAAAGGCAAGAUUAUGAAUAUUAUAUAAUCACCACCACCAUAGUAAAAUCUCUGACCUCCAGAACAGACAGUCCUAGUCACGCAUCAUAUGUAAGGCCAGGAGGGUUUCCUCACCUUGGGACCUGACUGGGAAAACUCUGGGCCCUAUAACUAGGGCUUGAAGCGUUUCCUGGUCAGGCUACAUAGUAAGAAAAACACCUUGGCCCUAGUUAUUGGGAACUGUUGAGCAAUCGAUUUCUCUCUGUCAUUCAUGUCUUAAAACCAUGCUGCCUUAUGAUAUAAAUGUACAAAUCCUCUCUCAGAUAUG